CGGGGGGCGGGCCGGGGCUGGCGGAGAUGGCCGACGAGCCGCGCAAGAAGCCGCACUUGACGGCGCUGGUGGGCCACACCAAUGGCCUUACCAAGGCUGCGGCGCUGGCAGGGAGCCGUGUCGGCUCGGGGGGAGGCGCUGCCGCCGCCUCCAAGAAGCUGGUGAUCAAGAACUUCCGAGAAAGACCUAAAUUGCCUGAUAAUUACACUCAGGACACAUGGCAGAAGCUUCAUGAAGCAGUGAGAGCUAUACAAAGUAGUACCUCUAUUAAAUACAACCUUGAAGAGCUCUACCAGGCUGUUGAAAACCUCUGCUCUUAUAAAGUGUCUGCUACACUGUACAAGCAAUUGCGACAGGUCUGUGAAGAACAUGUAAAAGCACAAAUCUUUCAAUUCAGAGAAGAUUUUCUGGACAGUCUUUUAUUUUUAAAGAAGAUAGAUAAAUGCUGGCAAGAUCAUUGCAGACAAAUGAUCAUGAUUAGAAGUAUUUUCUUAUUUUUGGAUCGUACAUAUGUACUUCAGAAUUCAAUGCUUCCUUCUAUAUGGGAUAUGGGGCUAGAACUUUUUAGAAAUCACAUUAUUAGUGAUAAAUUAGUUCAAAACAAAACCAUUGAUGGAAUCCUCCUCCUGAUUGAACGAGAACGAAAUGGUGAAGCUGUCGACAGAAGUUUGUUGCGAAGCUUGUUGAGCAUGCUGUCUGAUUUACAAGUUUACAAGGAGUCAUUUGAACAAAAGUUUUUGGAAGAGACAAAUUGUUUAUAUGCUGCAGAGGGCCAACGGUUAAUGCAAGAAAGAGAGGUCCCAGAAUAUCUUCACCAUGUUAGCAAGCGUUUAGAAGAAGAAGGUGACAGAGUUAUAACUUAUUUAGACCACAGUACACAGAAACCACUAAUUGCUUGUGUGGAGAAGCAACUACUAGGAGAACACUUAACUGCUAUUUUGCAAAAAGGGCUUGAUAACCUGCUUGAUGAAAACAGAAUAUCAGAACUUACACAGACAUAUCAGCUGUUCAGCCGGGUAAAAGGUGGGCAGCAGAUCCUGUUGCAACACUGGAGUGAAUACAUCAAGAAUUUUGGGACAACAAUAGUGGUUAAUCCUGAAAAGGACAAGGAUAUGGUGCAAGAGCUACUAGAUUUUAAGGAUAAAGUGGACCAUAUCAUAGAAGUGUGCUUUCAGAAAAAUGAAAAAUUUAUAAACUUGAUGAAGGAAUCCUUUGAAACAUUUAUCAACAAGAGACCAAAUAAGCCUGCAGAAUUGAUAGCAAAAUAUGUGGAUUCAAAGUUGAGAGCUGGCAAUAAAGAAGCAACAGAUGAAGAGCUGGAAAGGAUACUUGACAAAAUCAUGAUAAUAUUUCGAUUCAUUCAUGGCAAAGACGUGUUUGAAGCAUUUUAUAAGAAAGAUUUGGCCAAAAGACUGCUGGUUGGAAAAAGUGCUUCAGUAGAUGCUGAGAAAUCAAUGUUGUCAAAGCUUAAACAUGAAUGUGGUGCUGCUUUCACUAGCAAACUGGAAGGCAUGUUCAAGGAUAUGGAACUGUCAAAAGAUGUCAUGGUUCAGUUUAAGCAGUAUGUACAGAACCAGAGUGAUCCAGGCGGUAUAGACCUGACAGUAAAUAUACUAACUAUGGGAUACUGGCCAACUUAUACCCCCAUGGAAGUUCACUUAACUUCAGAGAUGGUUAAGCUUCAGGAGGUGUUUAAGACCUUUUACCUUGGAAAACACAGUGGUAGAAAACUUCAGUGGCAAACCACUUUAGGACAAGCUGUCCUGAAAGCAGAGUUUAAGGAAGGAAAGAAAGAGUUUCAAGUAUCACUCUUCCAGACAUUAGUACUGCUUAUGUUUAAUGAAGGAGAUGAAUUCAGUUUUGAAGAAAUUAAAAUGGCUACUGGUGUAGAGGACAGUGAAUUGCGAAGAACCUUGCAGUCUUUGGCCUGUGGUAAAGCACGAGUAUUGAUUAAAAAUCCAAAAGGCAAGGAUGUAGAAGAUGAAGACAAAUUCAUCUUUAAUGGUGAUUUCAAGCAUAGAUUGUUUAGAAUCAAGAUUAACCAGAUACAGAUGAAAGAAACAGUUGAGGAACAGGUGAGCACAACUGAAAGAGUAUUUCAAGACAGACAAUAUCAGAUUGAUGCUGCUAUUGUACGAAUAAUGAAGAUAAGAAAGACACUUGGUCAUAACCUUCUUGUUUCUGAAUUGUAUAAUCAGCUGAAAUUUCCAGUUAAGCCUGGAGACUUGAAAAAGAGGAUUGAAUCUCUCAUAGAUAGAGACUAUAUGGAGAGAGACAAAGACAACCCCAAUCAGUAUCACUAUGUUGCAUAAUGAAGAGAGAAUCCCUUUUUAAAUACACAAAUAUAUCUUCAGGACAACGAAUAACUAUGCUGUUUCCAGACUCUACUUUUAGCAGAUAUCUGGUUGAUACAUAUUAUUCAACUAGCUGCAUGCACUGCUGUGGAAAAGAAGCAAAGGAGAUGGUAAUUGGAUCGACCUUGUCAAGACUCCUUAGCGAUUUUAAAUGGCACAUUUUUAUUUCUUUUAGUUAUGCCUUUUGUUCUUUUGGGUUCUUCCAAAUGUGUUUCUACUAUUUUGUUUAAAAAUAUCUUUGAAGUUGGAUGGGAAGAUAAAAUUUUUCUGUGUAACUUUCUCUGAGAUGCAAGUCAGGUUUAUUCACUGCACAUUCAUACAGACCCUUAAUGCUGCAUUCUUUAGCUACAAGGAUUGUUUGAGUAUCUUUUUAAAAACCCUUAAUUCAUGAAUACUUAUGUACAAACAAACAGUGUUGUUGAAAUACACUAAAUUUCUGAAAUUCUGCACCAUGAAUACUAGUAUCUUCACAUUUUAAUUUUCUUUCAAAUAAUUCUAAACUUCUCUCUGGUUUGGAUAAAUCAGAUUUUGAAGUGAGAUCUUUGAAGUGCCAAGGGGACAACUGUGUUAAUGUCUAUAGAGAACUGUAUGAUAAGUUAGCUAAGAUAUUUGGUUGGGGGGUGGGGAUGGGAGGGUCCUGCUUUUGGGGGUAAUGAAGAGUGAAUCCAACUGAUCCUAUCUUGCUUUUGGACAACAAUUUUUUAUCACUGUUUAUGUAAAACUGCAGUAAAACCUAGUUUUGCCUUUAGAGUCGCAUACAGUGUAAUUACUGUACAGUGUGCUCUACACUAAAAAGAAAAAAAGUUUUCUUAAAGACUUUUAGUCUUGAAGUUAUGAAAGCAUAGCUUUUUGUCUUGAGAGAUUAAGGAUUUUGUGAGUACCUUGUUACAUAUUGUAUAUAUGUAAGUUGAUUUGAAUUGAAGACUGAAAGACUUGUAGUUCUGUUAGAUAAUUGUAACUAUAAGGAAGAUACUUUUUGUGGUAAUAUUUAGAAGCCUCUGUUUAUUUUACAGGAGUUGCAUAAUGGUAUGUUUGAUUCUAAUUAAAAGCUACCAAAGGAGUUUUGAUCAUGGUAUAAUGAGAAUUUAACUAAGCAAUAUUUUCUUGAAAAGUACCUUACUAAAUUUAUGUAAUGUAAUUUUGUGCAUAAAUUAAAAGAUCACUUUCCCUUAAGAAUACAUUGUUAAACAUAAAGAUCUCUUGAGUUUCUUUGUUAAAGUCCUUUCUCUCAUCUAUUUUCAUUCAUUGUAUUGCAUUCUUUGAAUUAUUUUUGUUCCCUUUCCACUAUGGUUAGAAGAUAAACCUCGCGUAUCUUUAGUAUAAUAAAUGUAUUUAAAAGUUAUUUAACAUUGUAAUUUAAUGUAGACUUGUUUUAAUAUUUGAAUCUUCCAUUAAUUCAAAUAAAACCUUUUUGUUGCAUA